GAGGGCGGUUCCUACACCUAUUGCGAUCAGGGAGACACACGGGACAUCAUUGGGGACGAAGCCUCAAACUCCUCUCAUUCCCCUCAUACAACUUUUCGUUCAGAGUUGCUGAAAGUUGCAGGCGCCAGAGAUCAAGUGGAAUUAACAAUCACUCAUCGCACUCCAACAGCAUGCAGAGCCUCCGCAAAGAGCACCUGUACAAGGUGCUGGUCAUCGGAGACUUGGGGGUUGGGAAGACGUCCAUCAUCAGGCGCUACGUUCACCAGAACUACUCCACCAACUACCGGGCCACCAUCGGUGUGGAUUUCGCUCUGAAGGUGUUAAACUGGGACUCAGAGACUGUCCGGCUCCAGCUGUGGGACAUUGCAGGUCAGGAACGUUUUGGAAACAUGACACGAGUGUACUAUCGUGAAGCCAUGGGAGCCUUCAUAGUGUGCGAUGUGACGCGGCCCACGACCUUUGAGGCCGUCAUCAAGUGGAAAGAGGACCUGGACUCCAAACUAAUGAUGAAUAAUGGACAGAGCAUUGCCACUGUGCUACUGGCUAACAAGUCCGACCAGGGUAGGGAGCUGACCCAUAACGGCAUCAAAAUGGACCAGUUCUGCAAGGAUCAUGGAUUUGUUGGGUGGUUUGAGACCUCGGCUAAGGACAAUCUCAACAUCGGUGAAGCUGCAAACUUCCUGGUCAAGCACAUCAUGGCCACAGAGAAUGACAUCCUGAAAAGCGUGGUACCAGACACCAUCUCGCCUCAGCUCCACUCCGACAGGCAGACAAGCUGCUCUGGCUGCUUCAAAUAAUGAAAGGCGGCACAACAGAAUGGAAACACAGUAGGACAAAGAGGGACAGGCACACCACACAUUCUUCCAAGGAAAUCUAAGUACCAACGGUGCAGUUUGGUUUCUUUGGUCCAAACCAGAGUUGUAGAUGUUACUUUGGUACAUGUGUGUGGUUUGUUUGUGUUCUCAGUGCCCAAUUACAAGAGAACCAGAGCUUGCAAACGAAAUCACUUGGACUCUUGAAGUUCUUGGCAGACAAACAAGUAUAACUUCAGCCCUUGUCUAUGCUAUUUGGAAUGAUGCUUCAAACAGUCACGAUUACACCCUCUAACAACAGUUCACUUGGAAAAGAACUGGCAACCGGCACUCAACCUGCACCAAACUGAACCAACGGACAUGCUUCCUGCAACACACCCAAAGAUGUGCAGUGAUUACAGAAUGAAAACAGGAGUCUGGCUAUCGGUUCUUCUCCAUUUCCAGCCAGUUUGAUUGUGCUGCUGUUCUCCCUCUAUUAACCUUCACCUCUACCUACACAUGGUGAAAAAAACUAUGUGGGUGGCAUUCAGGCUUCCUUUAUUCUGCAAGAGCCAAAGAAAGCAGUAUUGACUGUGUACUUCUGUGAAUGUUGCACAUACAUUUUUUAAAUUAUGAUUUUAAGUUAUUUACAGUAUGCUUUUGUGAGUGUAAUGCUGGUUAAUGUAUUAUGUUAUUCUGCUUAAAAUCUUUCCUACAACUGACUAUUGUGUGUGAGUGUGUGCAAAGAAAGGCAGAGUUAAACACGCACACAAACAUCCUGCAGCCUGCCUGGUAUAACUUGUCUUUUAUGGCCAGUGGGCGAUUCCACUGGAGCGAUCAAAGGUUUUUUCAGGUUUUUGUUUGUUAAUGGAAGAGAGUUGUUAUCCUUCUGUCUAAAUGUCGCCGCCAUAACUAAUAAGUCUGGCUGCAAAUAGACUUUUGCUUCUUCUUUCUUUUCAACAUUGUUUUAUUUGCGCAUGUGUGUUAUUUUUCAUCAGAAAGAGAUGUGUUGAUUGUCUGGAUAUAUUUAAUGGACAUUCUCAUGAGUUUACUUGCCAAAGCCUAGCCCUCUGUAUCCAUGGUAACUAGAUCUUUUUUUUUUAUGGGUAUCCUCUAAUAUCCAUGUGAAUCUAUUUCUCGCUGUACUCGCAACCUUACAGGCACAGAUGUACGCACACACACCUCCAUAAAUACACACAUAUGCACAGAGAUGUUUCCUCUGUCCAUGUCCUUUUUUAUCUUAUCUGUUCUCCUCUCCCUAUCUACCCUCUACUCUGUUGUUGUUUCUUAUCCUGACAAAAUGUCUAAAUCUCAAAUGUCUUUUAUAUUUUCCUUGCCCCUUUUCCCAACUUUCUCUCAUUCUCUUAUUCAAAUACAGUAUGUACAGCACGUUAUAUAAACCCGCGCAGGCUCGACUGCACACCCAGAACUGCAGUACUUUUAUAGACCCUCCAACAAGUUGACUCUAUGAAGCUGUUUUCCUUUUUUUGUGACCUUGCACCUCUGUAUUACCUCUGUAAAAGGCAAGGUAGUUGAACCUACCGUCGUCAGUGUUUCUUUCUUUCUUUUUUACUGUAACUUAAGACAGAGAAGAUUUGUGAACUUAUAUGACAUGUUACAUUGUUUCCUACAGCUUCUGUUGGUCAGCAGUCUGAGCACAGUAUUUAAAAGCUUGAUCACAACAGUGUUAUUGUGUGAGUUCUUGGAAGAAAUGUACAGCGUGCAUAUUGAGGGCUCAUAGACUUAAACAUGACCUCUUCACAUGAUUACAAUUUCACAGUGUUAGCUUGGCUCAUCAUGCAGGUAUGUGACAUCAGCAGGGUGUUACAGUACACUACAAAGAACUGCACGCGCACACACACACACACACACACACAUACAGACCCA